CGCAGGAACCGAAACGAAAGCGCUAGACGUCCGCCGUCCCAUUCGCUUUCCCCCAAGGCCUUUCUAUCUGCAGCCGGUGCGGCGGCUGUGCUGUCUGCCUUUCUCCCGUCUCCGCCAACCGCUCCGCUAGCCACCACGCCCGCCGCUUUCCUGCCGUGGCCUCCGUCGGGGUUCCUCAACGGGUAACCCUUCUGCCUUCAACGCCUCCACCACCCAUCGCUCGCAUGCGCGUCGAUCCCAAGUCCGUUGGAAUGAGGCACGAGGGGCCCGGGCUGUCAAUUAGGCAUGAUGCUGCGGGCUCCAUGGCAGGAGCUAUCUUCAUGUCCAACAGCGUCACAAGGGACCAAUGCUUCCAAGCAAGCAUUUUCGGUCUACCCUUGGAGUAUCGAUCCUUUGUCAGCCACAUCAGAAAAGGGAUGCCCUUGUUUCUCUUUGACUAUACACUGCGUAAGCUUUACGGAGUCUUUGAGGCUGCCUCUGAUGGAGGGUUUAAUAUUAACAGUGACGCACUUAGAUCAGUUCGGCGCUCAUAUCCUUCGCAGGUUCGCAUCAAUAUUAUUUGGAAGUGCAAGCCACUAAGUGAGGAUGAGUUUUUUCCUGCUAUAGAAGACAACUACUAUCGGCCAAGGAAGUUCUACUUUGACCUUUCCUAUGAGCAGGUUGUUCGGCUUUAUGAACUGUUUGGCAACAAGAGAGUAGGACGCCCUAUUCAUGACUAUCAAAAAAAUGAGUGUUUGCAAACAAACCGCUCAAGCAAAGGGAUACCUGACAAAGAAAGCUUGACUCCAGAUCCUCAUUCCAGUAAUCAAUCACGCCUUUUGGUUCCCAACAUUUCCGAAAUCAUAAGAUAUUCUACUCCUACAAGCAUACACACAGAUUUACCACUUAAUGUUGAGGCAUACCCAAGCACGUUGAUGCCCUUGGGAACUGAAGUUAAUGGAGCCAAAAUUGCUCCCACCUUCAGCUCCCAUAGUGACCAAAUAGAACCUUUUUCUCAAAGUGAGUUUUUCCCAGCUGCUUCAAUGACAGAUGCUGUUUCAACUCAAGUAUCUGCCCCUUGCUCUGAAACUAAUAACCAGUUGGUUGGGCAAUCACAUCCAUUACCGCACAACUAUCCACAGAAUAUUUUUUCUGCUGGAUUUACAGCCCAGGACCCAAUUGAAGGAUCUAAAUUUGUUGCAAACCAAUUGUAUUCAUUAUGUCGUGAUUAUAUGCACGAUGGCUUGUUAACUUCUGGAUAUGGAACUCAAAAUCGAACUUACAAAGGGAUGAAUCACUUGAAUUCAACUUGUCCUCCAUAUGACCCAUUACAUCCUUUUUUGCCAGUGUCAAAUAAUUUCGAUUAUCAGGCUCAAUGUGACAUCUAUUCCAACCAAGGCUGCCCUGAUACAUGUAAUGACAUAUGUGCAUAUGAGUGUGAGUGUUUAAGUGAAGAAGUGGUAGCAGCGGAGGAACUGAACCAACGAGGUAUUUCUACAUGCCCACAAGUUCUUGGAUGGGAUGGGAAAGCAGUAUCAGCAAUUCAUCAACAGAAUAUGUGUUCUACUGAUUACUUUCAGAUUUCUGAUCGUGAUGAAGACUCUGAAAAUGAUCAGAUGAAACAUGGUACUCAUAGCAAUGCUUCAGAUUCAUCAGAUCGUGAAAAUGGUAUUGUUGAUCCACGACAUACACAACAUGCUGUAGGAACUGAAAACAACACAAAGGAUCAGUGUAGCCAGCCAAAAAAAGGUGUAUUUUCUCGCUUAUCAGUGAGGAAGGAACUGACUUCUCAAGAUGCCACUGGUUCUACACUCAACCAAUUGGUUUCUUCUCUUGUUCGGAAGACAGAACAGUGGAGCCACAACAAUAGACCGAUUGAAGAUGGUCUCAUUAUUCCUUUGAUUGGGGAGCAGGCUGACUGUUCUCAUGCAGCGCUGAACCUGCUGAGUGAACUAGAGCUGGAUAAAGACGUGAGCAUAGAGCCACAACUUCCCUUCUUGAACUUCAAGAGACGCAGUGAAGCAGGGAAGGUGGAUGCAAAUUUAGGAAAGGAGAUCAGUGGGAAAAUGAAGAGAAGAAAGCUUGUGCGUCCUUCCUUAGGAGAAAACAAUGAUUCUACAAAUUUUGGAGAGCAGCUUAUAGGAAAUUGCACACAAGACAAGAAUCAAAACCAUCAGGAAAGUGAAAACCAUUUUGACAUUGACCUAAACAUACCUGCAGCACCAAUAGACGACGGCCCAGUGGAGGUUAACAGAAUUGCAGUGUGUCCUAGUGUUGUUAUCAAGGUACAAACAGAGAAACCAUAUGAAAUAGAUACAAACAAGGUAAACUCAAAUGUGAUGGAGACAACUGAAGAACAUGAUCCAUCCAGUGCACCCACACAAAAGGUUAUCCCUGAUUUUAACAUGGCAGACUUGAACACAAUGGAUGAAUCUAAACUUCGCACAAUCCUCGAGCAUACAUCAUCAUUGUUGCAAGCACUUGCUGAAGUAAAAAAUGGGGAGUCCAACAACUGUGAACAGGCUAAGUCAAGCUUUGAAGAUAAGAAAGUAAACAUGGCAUACUCUGACGGGGCCACCAAAUCUGAGUGCGAUUAGCAGUAGCUGCAAAGAUAUUGAUGUUUAUACGCUAAACUGGUGCCCGUCAGUGCAUGCAGUGGCUUUAUCCUUAAUCAUAGUAAUAUUUUUUUUGGGUUUUUUUUGGGGUGCGGGUGGGAGUGGGAUUGGGGUUUUAUCUUCUGGAAGAGGGAAGAGUGACUAUCCCCACUCGUUGGAACCUGAAAGACUAGCCAUGGAACCAUGAUCCGUCUAAUGCGAAGAUGUUCUUUAAAUUUUGUUC